ACUCUUAACUUGUGGACCGUUUCUAGUGGACCUGGCGAUCCUCAAGCCUUUCACAAACGCAUCCUACUGUCGACUUUGUUUUUCCGACACAAGAUUGAAUCUUAUCCAUCAGACACCAUGGGUAUUGGGGACAAGUUCUUCGGCCUACGUGGCAAAAAGCUAGGAUGGAUGAUCGGCUUCUGUGCUGGCAUGGACUUUCUGCUGUUCGGUUAUGAUCAAGGUGUAAUGGGUGGUAUACUGACGCUGAGGAUUUUCUUGGACCAGUUCCCUGAAAUUGACCCGGAUACUGCCACGAAUGCCGCUGAGUCGAGUACUCGUGCCACACACCAAGGCAUCUCGAUCGCAAGCUACAACCUCGGUUGCUUCUUCGGCGCCAUCCUUGCCAUCUUCAUCGGAAACCCCUUGGGUCGCAAGCGUAUGAUCAUCCUCGGCACGGCCAUCAUGGUUGUCGGCGCCGCUCUGCAGGCUUCAGCCUUUGGCAUUGCUCACCUGAUUGUUGGUCGCAUCAUCACCGGUCUCGGCAACGGCAUCAACACGUCGACGGUGCCCACGUGGCAAUCAGAGACGUCAAGCUCCCACAAACGCGGGAAGAUGGUCAUGUUCGAGGGUGCUCUUAUCACCGCUGGUAUCAUGAUUAGUUACUGGAUUGACCUUGGGUUCAGCUUCGCUGCUGGUAGUGUCGCCUGGCGUUUCCCUCUGGCCUUUCAGAUCUUCUUCUGCAUUCUCAUUCUUGCCACUGUCUGGAAGCUUCCUGAGUCGCCCCGGUGGCUCAUGCUCAAGGGCCGCGAGCAUGAUGCAAGGGAGGUGAUCUCAGCGCUGGCUGAUCUUCCCAUGGAUCACCAGUUUGUCGAGAACGAAUUUACGUCCAUUAAGGAGACUGUCGCCGAGAUGUCCAAGGGUUCCUUCAAGGACUUGUUUUCCAACGACGAGAACCGCCAUUUGCACCGUGUUGUUCUGGCCUACGUCAACCAGAUGUUCCAGCAGCUCGGCAUGUCGCCUUUCAUGUCCCGCCUUCUAGCGGCUCUCAACGGAACUGAGUACUUCCUCGCCUCGCUGCCUCCAAUCUGGCUCGUCGAGCGCGUCGGUCGCCGCAAGCUCAUGCUUUUCGGCGCAGCAGGCCAGGCCGCGACCAUGGCCAUCCUGACGGGCGUCAACUCACAGGAUGGCACCGCAUUCAAAAUUACCGGAAUCGUGUUCCUCUUCAUCUUCAACACCUUCUUCGCCAUCGGCUGGCUCGGCAUGACGUGGCUCUACCCGGCCGAGAUUGUGCCGCUGCGCAUCCGCGCGCCCGCCAACGGCUUCAGCACGUCGGCCAACUGGAUCUGGAACUUCAUGGUCGUCAUGAUCACGCCUGUCAGCUUCAACGACAUUGGACACUACACGUACCUCAUUUUCGCCGUCAUCAACGCCAUCAUCGUGCCCGUCGUCUACUUCUUCUACCCGGAAGCGGCCUUCCGCUCGCUCGAGGAGAUGGACGCCAUCUUCCAAAAGGCCAAGGGCGCCGCCGGCUGGUUCUCCGUCGUCAAGAUUGCGCACGACGAGCCGAGGCGCUAUGGCAAGAACGGCGAGCUUCUGAUCGAUCACGACGACGCUGAGGAGAAGGGCCGCCACAUGCACCACUCGGUCGACGGCAGCGAUUCGCGGUCCGCCGACGGCAUGUUCAACCGCGUGGACGACGAGCGCAAGCGCAGCGAGAACUAG